AAGACAUUUUGACCUUGAACUCGACCCACCAUAUAGCAGUACUAGCCAUGGCCGAACAAGACGAAUCUGCGAAGCUAUGGAAAGUCAAUAGGACUAUACAUGAACUCGUCAAAGACAGAGGCUUCCAAGUCUCCGAUGAAGAACUUAACAUGGACCUUGGAACCUUUCGGUCGCAUUAUUCAAAUAGCAGUGGGAGCGUAGACCGUGCGCAACUAAAUUUCUUCACGAAUCACAAGGACAAUCCUAUGGACCAGAUUUUCAUUUUCUUCACGGACGAGAAGAGCGUUGGCGUAAAGACGAUGCGAAAGGUGAUUACUAUCCUGGAAGAGAAGAAUAUCCAGCGAGGCAUCAUUGUCUUUCCCGGGAACAUGACUCCUUCUGCGCGAAAAGUUAUCGUUGCAAUGGCGCAACAAUACAAACUAGAAGAAUUCUCAGAAUCAGAUCUUCUUGUCAAUAUUACGCAUCACACUCUUGUUCCAAAACACGAAGUCCUCACCGCGGAGCAGAAAAAGACACUACUGGACAAGUAUCGUCUGAAAGAGACCCAACUACCUCGAAUCCAGCUGGCGGAUCCUGUCGCACGAUACUAUGGCCUUCGUCGAGGGAAUGUUGUCAAAAUCACAAGGCCAAGUGAGACGAGUGGACGAUACGCCAGCUACCGGAUAUGUUUCUAGUUUGUCGUCGGUUUCGGUGUUAGGCUCGGCUUCUUCGUUUGUUGUUUCAGUCCGCUACGUGUUCUUUUCCUUUCUCUCUGUUGCUUUGCAUUUUCAAGUCUAGGUGCUGCAUAAUGUAUUAUAUAUGCCAUGUUCUAUUCUCUUGCCCGAUGGUGAAGCGCCUCAAGAUCUCCCCACUUC